UCUUUACAUAAUCUAUUCAGUAGUAGAAGAACGUUAGCUACUUUCGGUUAAAUAAUUUUGAGUUGGUUGAACAUUUCUGAUUUCUGAAACAGAAAUUUUCUCGGAAAGAAUUUCCAAAUUUUCCACCUAGGUCUCAAUACACAAUCAUGGAUCAAGAAAUCGUGGAUAACGUUAAAACUCCGAUAAGAAGAAAAUAUGAGGUUGCGUUUUCUUCAGAAGACGACGAAGUGGAAGCAGAACACAUUGUUCCUGAACCGACAAUAAAGUUGGAGGAUGAUAAUCAAGAUUUAAAUAGAGGAGAUAUUGGAGAUGAAUCAAAGGGGGAAGGUCCUCAAGGUAGUCGUCGCAUUCCAUGUCAAGUGCAGUGUUGCACCAUGACCUUUGAAACGAAUGAGGACUAUCAAUAUCACUACAAUAGUCGUCACAUGCAUGCCUGUUCCAUAUGCAAAAUGUCGCUCCCUUCCUACCAUAUUUUGGAGCUACACGUCCUAGAAAUACAUGACACGUUGUUUGGUCUGAUGGCGGAAAAGAAACCUAUGUAUCAAUGUUUCUUGGAAACUUGCCUUAAUAAGUUUGCAACCCCGGAUGAACGGAAGCAACAUUGUAUUGAACAGCACAAGUUUUCACAAAAAUUUCAAUUUUGGGACUGUAAACCUCCCCGAAAUUUAGACAGUAAUAAGAAGAAAGGAAAGUCUAAAACUAGUGAGAAACAUUCAACAAAGGCCAAUAGUAAGACCAAGCAAACCUUAAAAUCAACGUUAGCUGAUUCGAGCACAACCACGAAGGGAUUUUUGAUGGAGGUGGAUCAAGAGAAAUCUACUGAUGGCGUCGUCGUCGGAGCUUCAAGUGAUUUCAAAUCUCAACAAGUUAAAAAGAAUGAAGAUCAAACCAAAUCUAACACCAAUCGUGGUGGUAAUAAUAAUGCAUCGCGGUCAAUGCCGAAACAUAUUGGGUUUGGAAGGGCACCCCACCGAGCUUUUUCAAAUGCAUAUGCGUCAGCCAUAAAUCCUUCCAAAGGUAAAAUGGAAAUGGGUAGCAGUAGUACUAAUGGAAAUAAUAUUGACAUGAAAGAUAUUGAGGAAGCUCUAGUGUCUUCGUCUUCAGCCACUAAAAUUACACUGGAAGUCCAAGCUGAUGGAACAAAAUAAUUAUCGUGUACCUGGUUGGUAUAAUACUUAAGCACUCUAGUGAUUGCUAUCGAGUAUCUCAAUAUUGUUUGAGCGCUCUACGACUCGUCUUUCAAUUGCAUAUAUUUUAUGAUUUUCUCGGAAAGCAGCAUUUACCUCUUCUAUAUUCCGUUUAUCAUCAUGUGUCAUAGCUAAUUAUAGUCACUUGUUUUGAUUAUUUUUUCAUGAAAUUAAAGGCAAUUCAAGUAAAUAAAGGAACUUAUGAAUAUA